AUGGGGUCCCCACUGGUGUAUAGUGACGGUCAACGGGAAUCAACCACUGUCACCCAUGGUAACCGCAACCACGGUGAUAUCAACCACGGUAACACCAACCACGCUAACAACAACCACGGUAACACCAACCACGCUAACAACAACCUCGGUAACACCAACCACGCUAACAACAACCACGCUAACAGCAACCACGCUAACAACAACCUCGGUAACACCAACCACGCUAACAACAACCACACUAACAGCAACCACGCUAACAACAACCACGUUAAUAUUAACCGCGCUAACAGCAACAACGGUAAUACUAACCACGCCAACAGCAACCACAGUGACAGCUACCACGCUAACAUCAACCAAGCCAACAGCAACCAUGCUAACAUCAACCCCGGUGACAGCAACCACGCUAACAACAACCACGUUAAUAUUAACCGCGCUAACAGCAACAACGGUAAUACUAACCACGCCAACAGCAACCACGGUGACAGCUACCACGCUAACAUCAACCAAGCCAACAGCAACCAUGCUAACAUCAACCACGGUGACAGCAACCACGCUAACAGCAACCACCCUGACAUCAACCACGCCAACCGCAACUACGGUAACAUCAACCACGCAAACAGCAUCCACGGUAACAUCAACCACGCCAACAGCAACCAUGGUAACAGCAAAAACGGUAACAGCAACCACGGUCACAUCAACCACGGUCACAUCAAACACGCCAACAGCAACCACGGUCACAGCAACCACUCUAACAGCAACCACGGUAAUAUUAACCACGCUAACAUCAACCACGCUAACAGCAACGACGGUAACGUCAACCACGACAACAUCACCCACUCCAACACCAACCACGGUAACAGCAACCACGGUAAUAUUAACCACGCCAACAGCAACAACGGUAAUACUUACCACGCCAACAGCAACCAUGGUAACAUCAACCAAGCCAACAGCAACCACGCCAACAUCAACCACGGUGACAGCAACCACGCUAACAGCAACCACGCUGACAUUAACCAUGCCAACCGCAAUUACGGUAACAUCAACCACGCCAACAGCAUUCACGAUAACAUCAACCACGCCAACAGCAACCAUCGUAACAGCAACCACUCUAACAGCAACCACGAAACAUACGUUCAAGUCCCCAACACACAGAAACAUACGUUCAAGUCCCCCACACAGAAACACACGUUCAAGUCCCCCACACAGAAACAUACGUUCAAGUCCCCCACACAGAAACACACGUUCAAGUCCCUCACACAGAAACAUACGUUCAAGUCCCUCACACAGAAACACACGUUCCAGUCCCUCACACAGAAACAUACGUUCAAGUCCCCCACACAGAAACACACGUUCAAGUCCCCCACCCAGAAACACACGUUCAAGUCCCUCACACAGAAACAUACGUUCAAGUCCCCCACCCAGAAACACACGUUCAAGUCCCCCACACAGAAACCCACGUUCAAGUCCCUCACACAGAAACAUACGUUCAAGUCCCCCACACAGAAACAUACGUUCCAGUCCCCCACACAGAAACAUACGUUCAAGUCCCUCACACAGAAACAUACGUUCAAGUCCCCCACACAGAAACACACGUUCAAGUCCCCCACUAUCCACCCUCACUCAGCUGCGACAAGGACCAUAAGCAGGACAUUUCGAGCCAAGACACCAUUCCCUUUUUUGUAA